AUGAUUCUGCUUUCGCCUCAAGACAUUUUGGCCGACAAAAUGGACGACGCUGUUGCCACUGCCGAUUUUGCUGACUGCUCUGUAGGCCGGAAGGAGAACACCGCGACCGGUGGAGACAGAGCUGGUCUACGACUCCGGCAGUGGCCACGGUCGAGCAGAAACUCAGCCAAACGCGAGCGAUUUCCGUUGUCGGGCACUGGUGAUCGUGAAAAGGCAUUGACCUGUUUGGCUCUGUUAAUCGAAGCACAGACCAGUCUGGGCGUCCUCGAUCAGAGGGUCAGUAUCACAUUAUUGUGGAGGCUUUUAUUUCCUAUGAAGAUUUGA